AUGCCGGGCAUACGAAAUCCAAUGCAAUUGUCACAGAUACUUGGUCAAGCUCGUCAUUCAGCCGAGCGAGCGAGAGAGGAGGCACACGCUGUGACUCAGAAGGCGAGAUUGUGGGCAGCUGGAGGAAAAGAGGAUGUACAAGAGGUGGAAUAUAUCGAUUUGUCUGUCCAUUUCAUCGGUGCAUCGGGGCUCCCAAAAAUGGAUGUGGUCGGGACGGCCGAUCCAUAUUUUGUUGCCAAGCUCGACACUGCGCUUACCUUCGUAUCCACCGUUCAGGUGAAUACUCUCGCUCCGGUAUGGAACGAAUACUGGAAAAUCAAAAACGUACCAACGACCGCAACGCUGCAUAUUGAUGUUCUUGACAAGGACAAUGGCACCGUUACAGAUGACUUCAUCGGCUCGGCUGAGAUCAAAAUAGACCCUCCCGGAACUCAAGAGCUCACACUCGAGGGAGUUGGUCCGUCAUUACGCCGAAACAGGGGAACGAUGUGGGUAAAGAUCGAAACCUUUCCGACAACGGUGAACGACCCACGCAAGCAUCCAUACAUCUUUGACGGUCCUAUCCGUUACUCUCGACACUUCUCGCCUACGGUGGGCAUUCUAGCGAAGAUGGAGGAUGCUCAUCUAUACUCUACAUGGAAGAUGUUCCUGAAAGGUGUACCGUUGUUCCUCGGUGAUCGUGUGCAGCCUUGGAACAAGAACUACAAAGCUGCUCAGGCGAUCUUUCAAGGACCUGCAUCUGUGGCGGUCCGAUCGACAAUCCAAGCUGCGCAUCGCAUGCUUUAUGCACGAACAACCACAAACGGCUUCGGCGUUAUAAACGGACCUGCGGACGUCAUCGCUAUCCUUCACGGAGGAAAAGAUGGUACAGGUACCUCUCACCGCGUGAAACCCGCUGUGUACACCUACAUUAUUGCUGUCGACGACGAUUCAUUCCGUUUCUCGGAGACUGGCGCUGCAUUCUUCGUCGACUUUGCCUCCAAACAUGCCCUGCACGCUAACUGCGCCGAGGCUGUCCGCUACUCUGGCGAGUUCCAUCCUCGACCAGAGGGCGGUUGGGAGAACUUCGAUGAUAGCAUACCUGACGAUCAAGUCCAUUGGGAAUUUAUCAUAGACAAUAAUUCGGGGACAUAUUCACCGGAUCCUAUGGGUCUGGCGGACCUGAAGGAGUUAUUCCAAUACAACUUCCCCGAUUUCACAAUCCAUACUUUUGACUUUAAUGACCCAAGGUUAGCCCAGAGUCGGGAUGCUUGUCGGGCGUACGCGAUGUCGAAACGUGGUGUUACGCAGGACGAGUUGCAACCUCAUGCACAGCCAGGGGAGGAGACCUUGGUACACGCAGCCUCUGUUCGUGUCAUCAGCCCAGCAUCGGAGCCUCGGAUAGACUUAACUGCAUGAUGCCUGCAGCAGUUUUCGGAGGUGUCUCUGUAUAGGUCAUUUAGUUUGUAUCUUCAUCCUAUCUAUACUAUGUAGCCCUGUUUCGGUGCGAUCGUUUUCUCUAAUGUACUUAUCCCUCUACUCAUGAUACCCUGUUGUAUGACAAUAAUUGUCGAGGAAUGUAUAUUACAAGUACUGU